AUGGGAAAUAAGGUUGCAAGCUUCACACAGGAGCAGCUAGAAGAGUACCAGGUAUCAUGUGUUUAUUUCGACCAAGACCAACUCCUGAGCAAAUACGACCUCGAAAAGACGGUGAGGUGUCUCACGAAGGACAAUCUGAAUCAGGAAGAGAUAGACAUGGUGUGCGAUAAGGUUCUCGAGGAAGCAGAUCUAGAUGAAGAUGGCAUGCUGUCGUUUAUUGAAUUCGAGCACGUGAUCUCGCGAGCUCCCGACUUCGUAAGUACGUUUCACAUUCGCAUGUGA